UGCCAGGUGCACUACUGCUCUGGUCUCCAUGACAACCACAGUCUUGGAGGAGCUGGAGGGAGGACUGGACAGCUGCCUGGCCAGCAAGGACCUUUCUGCACUGUUGGAGUCUUGCCCAGGCUGGCUGCAGGAGAACAAAGCUCAAGUGACAUCCAGGUUGUCAGACUGUAGCAGCUGGCCCCACGUGAGACCCUCAGUUGCUGGUGGCAGCCAGCAGUGUGGAUGCCAGGCCCCCAAAAUGGAAAAGGAGUCUGCAGCCAGGGGUGGCCCAGGACCAGGGAAAGAGAAACUGAAAGUUGGAACAACCCCCCAGAGCGCCCCCUCACGGAAGAAAGCACAGGCGGCCCCACCCUUGCAACCACUACUGCCACCCCCCACCCUGGCCCUGAGUGAGGAGCUGCCCUGGGGAGACUUGUCGCUCAACAAGUGCCUGGUGCUGGCUUCCUUGGUGGCAUUGCUGGGCUCAACUUUCCAGCUGUGCAGAGACGCUGCGUCUGGGGAGGUGGCCCAUGCAGCACCUACCCCUAAGCCACGGGUCCCUCCGAGCUCGCAGCCUAAGAAACCAGUGUUGAUCCUGCCUAACAAGCCUGUGGCCUGGGCACCCCCAUCGGAGCCACCUGCACGCCAGGCGGGGUCACCCACUUUCCAGGCAGAGGUAGAAGUCAGACCAGAGGUUCCCAAGUGCAGGGAGUCUGUAAAGAACAUCCAGGAGGAGCCUGGGGAAACCAGGGGAAAGACCGCUAGAGAGGAACAAGCGCCGAUUGAAAAGGGAGGACCCCAGCAGAGGCCGUGGAAGGAGAAGAAGCCACGGAGGGAGAAACCCCGAAUGGAGGACAGGCCUCGAAAAGAGAGAUCGAGGAAGGAAGAAAGGUCGAGAGCCUCCAGGGAGGCCCGGGAAGCCCUGACUAGGCGCUGGGAGGCACGCGAAGAGGGCCAUCGACCCAGGGCGCGGGACUCCAGGGACCCUGAGCACUUCAAGAGACAGGCCUGGGCCUCCUCAAGGCGCCGCGACUACGAGGACCAGACUCCAGGUCGACAAAAGCACCGCGAGGGCAAGGGACGAGACUGAGCCGGCACUGGGUCCGGCGCAGGAGUCCUUAAUUAUCUCUAAAUCCCCAGGGUUCCAGCAAAAUAAAUCGAGUUCUGCGGGUCA